AUGGAAGACAGAAAAGUUCAUACAAUCGCUGUUCUAUCAGUGAUAUCCUUAAUAGUUGUUAUCAUCGUUUGUCGUGUUUCCUUAAAACUCUCGAAAGCUUUCUUCCUAAUUUGCGGCGCUUCAAUCGCGGUGAUUCUCGCUGUCUUUUCAUGCAUACUCAUAAGAUACCGUUACAAUAAAAGAAGAAAAGUGUUGGAACUACAGUUGAAAUCAGAAGGAAGAGAGCUUCGAAUCGAGUACAGUUUCUUGCGAAAAGUUGCGGGGAUUCCAACGAAAUUUCGAUACAAAGAGCUUGAAGAAGCGACCGAUAAUUUUCAAGCAAUAAUCGGUAGAGGCUCGUCCGCUUCAGUUUUCAAAGGCAUUCUAAACGAUGGAACUUCGGUUGCUGUGAAAAGAAUCCAGGGUGAAGAAAGAGGUGAGAGAGAAUUUAGAUCAGAAGUUUCAGCUAUUGCUAGUGUUCAGCAUGUUAAUCUUGUGAGACUUUUUGGUUAUUGUAAUUCUCCGACACCACCUAGGUAUCUUGUUUAUGAGUUUAUACCAAAUGGGUCUUUAGAUUGUUGGAUUUUUCCAGUGAAAGAAACGAGGAGCCGGAGAUGUGGUUGUUUACCUUGGAAUUUAAGGUAUAAUGUUGCUAUUGAUGUUGCAAAAGCGUUGAGUUAUCUUCAUCAUGAUUGUAGAUCUAGGAUUUUGCAUCUUGAUGUGAAGCCAGAGAAUAUACUUUUGGAUGAAGAUUAUAAAGCACUUGUUGCUGAUUUCGGUCUUGCAAAGCUUGUAGGAAAAGACGAGAGUCAUGUGAUGACAACGAUACGAGGAACAAGAGGGUAUUUAGCGCCGGAAUGGAUGUUAGAACGUGGAAUUUCUGAGAAAACUGAUAUUUAUAGUUAUGGAAUGGUUUUGUUGGAGUUGAUUGGAGGGAGAAGGAAUGUUUCAAGGGUGGAAGAUCCAAGAGAUAAGAGUAAGAAAAAGUGGCAAUUUUUUCCGAAAAUUGUGAAUGAGAAACUGAGAGAAGGGAAAUUGAUGGAGAUUGUGGAUCAAAGAUUGUUGGAAAGUGGGAAUUUUGAUGAGAAUGAGGUGAAAAGGUUGGUGUUUAUUGCUUUGUGGUGUAUACAAGAGAAACCAAGAUUGAGGCCUAGUAUGGUUGAAGUUGUGGAUAUGCUUGAAGGACGCGUGAGAGUUGAGGAGCCACCAGGUACUAGAAUGAUUCUUGUUGAUUUGUUGUCUGUUGAUGAAGAUCCUGGUGAUGAUAAUAAUAAUCUAGCGAGGUUGUUGACAUCUGUGUCUGCUCAUGUUGAUUGUAAUACAUCUACUUACUCUUUAGGUUCCACUAUUUUGUCAGGUAGAUAA